AAAUUAACCAAAUAAAAGCUAAGAUGGAAGAGAAUAAGCGAAAAGCAAUGAACGAGAAAGAUCCAAGGAAACGAGCAGCUUUACUUUUAGAAAUUGAAGAAGAUGGAAAAUUACUCCAACAAAAAUAUCGAGAGCAUCAAGAGCAUUCUAAUAAAUUCCGAUUUAAUCCCGAAGAAUAUGUUUCGGGCUUAGUAGAGGGAAUGAAAAAAGCUAUAGAAAGGAAUAAUCCAGAUGGUGGCGGAAAUGGUGGAGGAAGCCCUAAUAGACCAAAUAGACCUAAUGAUCCGGAUAAUAAUGACCCCUUUGGUGGCUUAGGUGGUGAUGGAAAUACCGACCCCGACCCAAAUAGGCUUCCUCGCCCAAGAAAACCCAGUCAAGCCGAAAAUAAUCAACAAUUAAUCAUCUUUGCGGUAGUUGCUGCCGUGUUUAUUUUCAUUUUAAUGAACCAAAAAGAAAAACCUCAGCAAAGAGAUUACGAGGAGGAUUAUUAUUAA